AUGGACCAUGGUCAUGAUUGUCUUGCUGUGGUUGAUGUAUCAAGAGAGAGAGUUGAGAAGAAGAUGAGGAAAUUUCUGAGCCAAUUACAGAGUCUGAUUGAAGAUAAUAACAGCCUGUCUGCUUCAGAGAAGAUGGAGAAAGAUGAUUUUGAGGUUGUGAUGUUCUCUGAUGAGAACAAUGAGAAGAAUGGUGAGAAGAAUGAUAAUUGA